AUGAGUCAAAAGGGGGAACAAGGUGAGCGUGCGAAUCAGGCGUCGCCACAGCCGUCUGGCGGUCAACCACACACCCCUGGCCGUCUUGUUGGCAUUGGUGUUGGACAGGCGGAGGAGCGCCGUGAUGGAGUCGCAGGCAGCGUCACACAAGAAAGCGAGAGAAGAAGACGACGACAAAGCAGGCUGGGCGGGCGCGCGCGCAAAGUAUAUCAAGGGGGAGGGGAGAGCGUCGCCUUCGCAUCAUUUUGCAAGCAUCGAAACAAAAGCAACUAG